AUGCCCCCGGCGUGCCGAGCAUCCAACACCGCACGGCCACCGCUGGCGCACCGGGGAUUCACCCGGUCCCGGGGAUUCACCGGGUGCCGGGGCAUCACCCCCUCCCCGGGGAAUCACCUCCCUGACGGCAUCACCCUCUCCCCGGGGCAUCACCCCCGGGUGUAUCGCCCCGUUCCCCGGUGUACCGAGCACCCAGCACCGCACGGCUACUGCCGGCACGGCGUCUCCCGGGAAUUCACGGGUUCCCGGGACACCGGCGCCUCCCAAGCCGCGCUGGCGGCGCCGCGCCCCGGCGGCCGCGCGCGGGGCCGCAAACCCGGACGCCCCGCUCCGAGACCCGGGGCGGCGGCGGCGAGGAGAGGCCGACCCCCAGGGCGGCGGCGGGCGCCGCCGCCGCCACCCCCCGGCGCGGCGGUGGUUCGGCCCGCGCGGCCGCGAUUGGCCGGGCGCUUAAAGGGGCCGGCAGCGCGCGCUUUUCCGCCCCGCGGCGCGGCCGCGGCCCCGGCGCGUGCCCCCGCGCGUGCCCCCUCGCCCGCGCGGCGCUGCCCGACACGCGGGGCGGGCGGGGGGGGGGACAUGGACGGCGGCCGCCGCGGGACACAAAGGACGGCGGCGGCGGCGGCGGGGAGGCGGCGGCGGGCGUUGCGGCGCGGGGCCAUGGCGGCGGCCGCGGUGGGGCCGGGCAUCGGCGGCGGCGCCGGCGGCCCGCGGUACAGCCUGCUGGCCGAGAUCGGCCGCGGCGCCUACGGCGUGGUGUACGAGGCGGUGUCGGGCCGCAGCGGAGCGCGGCUGGCGGUGAAGCGGAUCCGCUGCGACGCCCCCGAGAACGUGGAGCUGGCGCUGGCCGAGUUCUGGGCCCUAACGAGCCUCCGGCGGCAGCACCCGAACGUGGUGCGGUUCGAGGAGUGCGUGCUGCAGCGGCACGGCCUGGGGCAGCGCAUGAGCCACGGCAACAAGCGCAGCCAGCUCUACCUGCGCCUCGUCGAGACCUCCCUCAAAGGUGAGAGGAUCCUGGGCUAUGCAGAGGAGCCUUGCUACCUGUGGUUCGUCAUGGAGUUCUGUGAAGGGGGAGACCUCAACCAGUACGUGCUCUCCCGAAGACCCGACCCGGCGACCAACAAGAGCUUCAUGCUGCAGCUGACCAGCGCCAUUGCCUUCCUGCACAAGAACCACAUCGUCCACCGGGACCUGAAACCAGACAACAUCCUGAUAACAGAGAAGUCUGGCACCCCUGUGCUCAAGGUGGCCGACUUCGGGCUGAGCAAGGUCUGCGCUGGCCUGACUGCUCGGGGCAAGGAGGGUGGGCACGAGAACAAAAAUGUGAAUGUGAACAAGUACUGGCUGUCCUCGGCCUGUGGCUCUGAUUUCUACAUGGCGCCCGAGGUCUGGGAAGGACACUACACUGCCAAGGCUGACAUCUUCGCCCUCGGCAUCAUCAUCUGGGCCAUGAUUGAGAGGAUCACUUUCAUUGACGCCGAGACCAAGAAGGAGCUGCUGGGGACCUACAUCAAGCAGGGGACCGAGAUUGUGCCCGUUGGGGAAGCGCUGCUAGAAAACCCAAAGAUGGAGCUGCACAUCCCUCAGAAACGCAGGACUUCCAUGUCUGAGGGGAUCAAGCAGCUCUUGAAAGACAUGUUGGCUGCUAACCCGCAGGAUCGACCUGAUGCCUUUGAGCUUGAAACCAGAAUGGACCAGGUUACAUGUGCUGCUUAAAUUCAGGGCAGGGCACUGCUGUGCUUUGCAGCUGGAUUUAUUUACCAGGGACCCAUAAUCUCCGUUAUUUACAUGCAACGAGGAAGUCAAAGAUAAGGGAAGAUGAUAAUACAGAAGAUCUCUGGCAGUGUGAAA